AUGUCGUACUUUAUUCCACCAGUUAAUUAUGGCAUGAUCGAGGAAGAUUUAUACCGCUCAGGACAGCCCAAUGAGCUUAAUUUUCCCUUCCUAGAGCGAUUAAACUUGCGUACGAUUAUUUAUUUGGCCCUAGAAGAACCGAAUCCACAAUUUCAGAGCUUUGUCGAGGAACAAGAGAUUCAACUUGUUGUUUUAGGAGGCAAUACGCGCAUGGAGAGUCGUCGUAAGUCGUGGGAGCCAUUGUCAGAAGAAACGGUUCUUGCAGCACUUGAUAUUAUCCUCGACCGUUCGAAUUAUCCACUCUACAUUACGUGUCACCUCGGUCGCGACCGUACAGGUGCCGUUGUGGGUUGUCUACGAAAGAUUCAAGGAUGGCAUUUGUCGUCUAUCUUUGAAGAAUAUCGGCGGUUUGCUGGCAGCAAAGUGCGGCUACAGAAUGAGCAAUUUAUUGAGCUCUUUGACACGGAUUUAGUAACGAUACCUGUGAAUCCACCAUCUUGGUUGAAAAAACAUGUAUGA